GGGCCGGGCAAAGGGCGGGCGGCGGGGAAGGUUACCCGGAAACAGCGGAAACCCGGAGCGCUGUGACGGAGGCUCGCGGCGGUGCCUUUGCGCUCUCGCAGGUCGCGCGGGGACCCCCGCUAACGGCCGGUCGCAAGCCCCUUCUCCUCCCCUCGGCCUGAGGGUGCCGGCCGAGCCGCCCGCCAUGUCGACGGUUGCUGCCGCCAGCUGCGACACUAAGGGCGCCGGGGAGGUGCGGGAGGAGAAGAAGCCCCUGAGGCCCUGCUGCGCCUGCCCCGAGACCAAGAAGGCGCGGGACGCCUGCAUCAUUGAGAAGGGGGAAGAAAAUUGUGGGCACCUAAUUGAAGCUCACAAAGAGUGUAUGAGAGCGCUGGGCUUCAAGAUAUGAGCGAGAUUAGCAGGACUAUGAAUGUGAUGAUGUUGUGGUGUGACUGUUCUGGAAAGCUGCAAGUUUUUUCAAAGAACCAAUGUAAACAAUCUAUUUAUAAAGACUCUCUAGUGAUAGACGGAGCAUCACAUUUGCGGCUUUUCCACUGUUAGCUCUUGACUGCUGCUAUAGAAGAUACUUUUUCCUCUUAAUAAAAGUCUGCAAAUGA